AUGACACCAUUCGAACAGCAACUAAACAACUUCUUACCAACACUAGAUCUCGAAUUCGCAUCGCGGUACUCGAAACUAUCACAACGAUUGGUUUUAGACGAAGCUAGCGGUAAUGAGGCAGAAUAUGGGGUUAGAUAUUUAGGCAACACAGAGGAAUCGGAUGAUUAUGAUGAGGACUACACAACGGAAGCCUACAUUGCAAAGUUUGGACUGGGUCUACAGAGGCUAGAAGCCCAAAAGCUGAUUAACAUCACCAAUCUGGCGUUUUGGAAGGCAUCUUCACAAAAGGACGGCAAUCCUAUUGUGUAUGCUUUAGAUGAUAACCCGCACAAUUUCUGGCAAAGCGACGGGUCGCAGCCGCACCAUGUGGAGGCCAGCUUCAGUAAGCGGGUUGAGAUAGCCCAGCUGGCUCUAUUCCUGUCACUUUCCAUAGAUGAGUCGUACACACCGCAAAUAAUGAAAGUGUAUGCUGGUCACAGUGCGUCCGAUGCCACCCAUUACAAGACCCUGGAGGUCCGCAACGUUAACGGCUGGGUCGCAUUGACUUUCGAAGACAACAGGCCGCAAGACGGACUUCUGAAAUGCCAAUAUUUACGCGUAGAUAUUCCCGUGAACCAUGAAAACGGCAAGGACACCCAUCUUCGGGGUAUUAGAGUCUACACACAACAUUUCCGAACUCCGGUAGAAGGAUCCCUUCUCUUGGACUACUUUUCACCUGGUAGUCUGCUGACCGAUUGCAAGCUUCGAUAA